AUGGUUCAAACUUGCCUUUUCCUCCUUGCACUCUCAUUUUCAUUUGUCUCAUCUCAAUAUCUCAACUUAAACCUUCAUAGACACCAAAGCUGUGCCUGGCGGAAAAGCUCUCACUGGAAUCGCAAAAUUGAAUUCCAAGGUGGUCACUCGGACAGUGGAGCACUCCUCAAGCCUACAGAUCAAAAGGGAUGCUAUGCAAUUAGUGGAAAAGUAAAAAUUCAUGAAGAUGUGAGUGACCAGUUGUUGAUCUACUUGUCCGUUUCGACGACUGGUGACACCCAGAGACCGCCAGAAGUGUGCAGGGAUGCUAACCCGGAAACUGGAUGCGGUGGAGUCGGAUCCUGUCUUUAUUGCCGCCCGUGCGAUUCGUUGGACUCGCUGACCAAAAUUCUCGGAGCUCAACUUGUUGUGAACGGAAAGCCAGCCGGAUGCGAACCAUUGAAAAAAGGCGAAUAUGACAAUGUGGAGCUCCGUUUCUGUCUUCCGAAACUUGCCGCGCUUUUGGAGUGGCAGGGAAUCUCUGAAGAUGCUUUAGAUCAUAUUCUGGCAGCCACCACUCAGGAAGGAAAUGGUCCACCAAAACUCAGCUUGUUCGUCACCGUUUAUUUGUUCGACAAGGACAUCAAACCACUUCUUGUUUCACAACGCAAGCUCGAAUCGCGUAUCCGUGAAUUGCGUAAGUUGGGCAACGACGAGCAGGUGGAUUCUCAGACGUACUGGAACUUGCCCUUCAAUCAAAUUAUCAAAAAACAAUCCGUAUUUGUUGGAUGUCACAAAUUAUACGGAACCAUCAGUUUGAGUGAUAUUCAAGCAAAGAGAAAGUGA